AUGGGGGACACAGACGAUAUUGACUUGGAAACUCUCCAAGCGCAAAUCGACCUCUCGAUGUCUUUAACCCAUGACUUGGUAUCUUCAUGGGUCAAAUCAACUCCAAACUCCAAUAAAUCGUCUUCUAGUAAAAGUAUUGAAAAAAUACUACGAGAGGAGAUCCACCGGCCCCCGAGGCUAGGUGUCGGCGCUUCAGUGUCAGAUUAUAACACAUCGUCUUCGCGAGAAGCUGCACGUCUGAAGAGCCAUAUUCUCAGUAACGGAAAAAAACGUUCUAGGGAGGAUGAGGACCCUCAGCCUACCUCGACGCGUAUCGCAGAGGACUCUGACGAGGGGGAAAGCAGAGCGGGAGCUAUUCGCAAGAAGUCUAAAUUAGAUCCUUUUGCUACUUCAAGCAAGGGGAAGAGGAGGAAGGAAACAUCGAACGGUGCACUGAGUGUUAAGCCACGUCUCAGCACCCCAACGGAGGCCCCACCAUCCUAUGUUGGCGUUAGCACUAUGGAGGAGAUAACAUCCGGUGUGACGUCCGAGAAAAAGCAGAAGAAAAAACACAAAGAUGUCGUCCCGUUAGCAUUGAAUGGCGAUGUUCCGACGGCAGUUUCAUCAGUGAAUAACUGUACCAACGACAACAAUUUUGCCCGGGAGACUUCAGAACCAUCUCAGCUGUCACCAUCAAAAACCACCGCCUUCUCACUCAAGAUAGCUCCCAAAAUGCCCAGAGAUCUGCCAGCAUCUCUGUUGAAACAACCCUUAUUAAACCUUGAAGGCCCAGUCUUCGAUAAAAGUGAUGACGAAAGUCCGGACAACCAUUCACCCACAAAUACUCCAAAAAAGAAGAAACGAAGAAAGAAAAAGAAAAAGAAGCAACCAACGUUUGAAGGUUCCUCUGAACAGGCGAAAAUUUCUUGA